AAAGUGGUCACAUCUAAGCUCCCACUGUAGAGCGAGAGACGGAGGAGAGGCACGCAGUAUACGCGGAGAGAAAGAAAGAAAACACCCCAAACUCUCUCCCAAAACCAAAAACCGUAACCCAUUUGGAUCCUUUCUUCUCUGAUCUCUGAUACCCUUUUCUUUUUUCAACACUUUUCACGUCUUUCUUCACAGAGACAGAGACACAGAGAGAGAAAGAAAAAAAGAGUCUUUUUGCGUUUGCGUGUGUUGUGUGGUCACCGAUGGCAGCACCUACUGCAAGGGCACGUGCCGAUUACGAUUACCUCAUCAAGCUUCUUCUUAUUGGCGACAGCGGUGUGGGGAAGAGUUGUCUGCUUUUGCGAUUUUCUGAUGGUUCUUUCACAACCAGUUUUAUCACCACCAUUGGCAUUGAUUUUAAGAUAAGAACCAUCGAACUCGAUGGCAAACGCAUUAAGUUACAAAUUUGGGAUACAGCUGGUCAGGAGCGAUUUCGAACUAUUACCACAGCUUAUUACCGUGGAGCCAUGGGCAUCUUGCUCGUUUAUGAUGUUACUGAUGAAGCAUCUUUCAAUAAUAUUCGGAACUGGAUUCGCAACAUUGAACAACAUGCUUCUGACAAUGUAAACAAGAUACUUGUGGGUAACAAGGCUGAUAUGGAUGAAAGUAAAAGGGCUGUGCCUACCUCCAAAGGUCAAGCUCUUGCUGACGAGUAUGGUAUCAAGUUUUUUGAAACCAGUGCAAAGACAAACUUGAAUGUGGAGGAGGUUUUCUUUUCAAUAGCAAAAGAUAUCAAGCAAAGGCUUGCUGACACAGAUUCUAAGGCUGAGCCUCAGACUAUCAAGAUUAACCAACCAGACCAAGGUGCCAGUGGGGGUCAAGCUGCUCAAAAGUCGGCUUGCUGUGGCUCAUGAACAGAAUCACAUCUGCAGUAAGAGGGUGCAGAUUCAACACUUGCCCUCAUCUGGGUGCUAAAGUUAUUUUGAUGACAUUAGAAGUGGGAGCAUGUAUUUGUCCCUGUAUUUCCCAACUGCAAAGAUUAUGUUUUUAAGAUACUAUUUCGAAUUUUUUUUUUCUCUCCUAGUGUUUGGAUUUGUCGUGAUUAGUUCAUUUGCUCCCCCACUCUCCUCUUUCAUUUGUACUUUGACUAUUUAAAAAACAUCUCACUUGACUAGAUUCAGAUAGAUCAUAAGAAAAACUUUUAUCUCUUGGAAAUAGUAUCCCAGAAGUUCUUAUUUUGAUGGUUGGCUUAGGAAAGGUUGUAUGCCAUGCUUACUGAAAUGGCACGUAGCUUUUAGGAUUAUUUGGGUGUGAUGUUGAU